AUGAACGCCGGGACCCCACCCUUGCUCCAGCGACUCGCCGGGAAAAGUCUGCUGAGCAACCAGGCCCUGGCCACCUCUGCCCUAGACAAUCUGCCACUGCUGCUGUUCCCAUCGCUCUUCGUGGAGGCCUACACUGGGGGCCACAGAGAGCCACCAGAACCAGAAACCCUCAAGGCUGUCCUGGGUGGGCUUGAUCUGCUACUGGCCAAAAGGCAGCGCCCCCGUCGGUGGAAACUGCAAGCCCUUGAUCUGCAGGGUGAGCACCCAGGGAUCUGGACGCUGGGGUACCCUGCCAUGGCACAAAUGUCCUACCCGGAGGUCCCGCCUGUCAAGCCAAGAGCAAGUCCCUGGACAGGGGUGGCUGAAGAGCAGCCCUUGGUGAUCACCAUCCACCUGACCAUUGACGAUGGCGCUCGGGAUGAUCUCCAAGCCUUCCUGCUCCAGUGGGCCCUGGAGAGGAAAGAACGAGUCCGGCUGUGCUCGAGGGAGCUGCAGAUUCUGUGUGACUCCAGCUGUGAAAUCCAGAAGGUUCUGUCGGUCGUGAGUCUGGACUCUAUCCAGGAACUGCUGGUGAGUGAACUGUGGCAUGGAGAAACCAUGCAAACCUUUGCUCCUUACCUGAGCCAGAUGAAGAACCUCCGCAUCCUUACUUUCUGCAAUAUGCGUGGUGACUUCUACACUCCCAGCUCCCCAGAUUCCUCUUAUUCCUCUCAAUUGGGGCACAUCUGGGGCAGCUGCAGCGUCUCCAGGAGCUGCAUAUGCGAGACGUCCUCUACCUUGCUCCAGCACCUGCGGCUGCGGAAUUUGUCUAUGGAUAGCUUCAGUCCCGAUCCCCUGAGAGCCCUGUUGGAGCAGCCUCCUGGAGUCAUUGCCAGGUCGGGCCAGUUGAGCCGAGCGAUCUAUUCUCCCCCUCUGGAGAGCUACGGGUCCCCGGGGAACAUCGACCCUGACAGUUUUACCCAAGUUCUGGCUAGUUUGGCCCAGGCACUGGAAGAUGUACGGACAACCCAGAAGGUCCAGAUCUGUACCGAUUUCUGUCGUUACUGUGACAGUUUCCAGUACUACAGCCUGGGGCCGGAUGGUUCCUGGGUGUUCACAGAGGAGGGGCUUCAUGGCCUUGGGUAG